GUUGACCACGUAACAAAAAACUUGCGAGCAUUAUCAAGCUUAGCUAAACAAGAUGAGCUGCUUGAUAUGAUAAUUAUCAAAAUUCUUAUACCUAAGUUAGAUAAUCGUACUGCUAUGAAGUGGGAAGAACACCGUAAUAGUUUGUCCGAUCUCCCCACUCUAAAGGACUUCAAUAAGUUCCUAACUGAUCGCGCUGAUGUGUUAGCAACUAUGUUCCAAAACAAGUCUGACACACCCAAGGCUACACAAUCACGCCAAAAUAAUAAUAAUAAUUCUCGUAGCACUAAGUCGUUUUCAUCUACAGUUCAGAACACCGGCUCUGUCACUAAGCAGUGCGUUGUCUGUAAAGGUGACCACUGGAUUUACGAUUGCCCUACAUUCCUAGCGAAGAGUGUUCAAGAACGACGAGACGAAGCAUUUAAGUUGCACUUAUGCUCCAAUUGUUUACGAACUGGGCAUCGUGCACGUGAUUGCAAGUUGGGUCCCUGUCGUGAGUGCAAGCGUAGACACAACUCACUCUUGCAUUUACCUAAUUCUAACAAUGCUAGCACAGGUAAUACUAGUACAGUCAGCAGCAAUAGCACUAACACAGAUCGCGGUUCAAGUGAAAUAUCAGUUAAUAAUUCGAUUAGUGAUAAUUUCGUAGAAAAUCAUAUUCUUUUGUCAACAGCCAUGGUAAACGUUAUCAAUCCUCAAACAAACAAGCAAUUUCGAGUGCGUGCUUUAUUAGACUGUGGAAGUCAGUCCUCAUUUAUUAGCCAGUCACUCAUGAACAAGUUAUCAUUACAGGUAUGUACUAUAAAUACUAUAAACGUUAUUGGUAUAGGCAACAACUUAGCGGAACAUGUAAAUAAAAGUUGCAUUGCCCGAUUAAAUUCAUUUAGCAACGACUACAGUGUUGUACAAUCAUUUUAUGUGUUGAACCAGUUAACAGGUGCUAUUCCUAAACAAUCUAUAGAUAUUAGUCAACUUAAUAUCCCACGAGACAUACAGUUAGCUGAUCCCAAUUUUAAUCAGCCUUCGGCAAUAGACAUCUUGAUAGGUGCGGACCUAUUUUGGGACCUAUUAGGAUGUGAUCAGCUAGCAUUAGGUCAUAACAUGCCCAAGCUACGUAGCUCAAAGCUAGGUUGGCUAGUCGCCGGCCCUAUUUUUCCAAGUUUAAGGAAUCGUUCGUUACCAAAGAGUAUUCCGUGUCAUGUUUCAAUCAGUGAUAGUGACGAAUGCAAUAAUUCCGAUAUUAAUUCUCAAUUAACAAAGUUUUGGGAACUGGAGCAAGUUCCAGAUAAGCAAUAUUUUAGUAAAAUUGAGCAGGCUUGUGAAGACCACUUUUAUCGUAAUACUUACCGUUUAGAAUCUGGCAGAUUUUGUGUUAGGCUGCCUCUAAUUGAUAGUCCAGAUUGUUUAGGAGAUUCUUACGCAAUGGCCAAGAAACGAUUAUUGUAUUUAGAAAAACGUUUCCGUAAGAAUCCAGAAUUAAAGUUACAAUAUUCAAAUUUCAUUCAAGAAUAUUUAGAGCUAGGCCAUUUAGAGGAAUGUCCGAUUAUAAAUCCCGUUCCAUCCUAUUAUCUUUGCCAUCAUGCAGUGUUUAAACAAAACAGUGAAACGACAAAGACACGUGUUGUCUUUGAUGGAUCGGCACGAACUUCCUCAGGUUUCUCUCUGAACGACCUACAGAUGGUCGGUCCCAAUGUUCAAGACUCAAUCUUUUCUAUUUUGAUUCGAGCUCGUCAGUACAAAUACAUUUUGACAGCCGAUAUUGAAAAAUUCUUUAGGAUGGUUGAACUAGAUGAAAAGGAUCGUAAUUUACAAUUAAUACUUUGGAGAAGUGAUGAGUCAAAUCCUAUCAAAACUUUACGUCUAAAAACCGUCACUUAUGGUCUCGCAAGUGCUACAUAUUUAAGCACCAAGUGUUUGUCAGUAUUGGCAGAGGAUUGCGAUGAUCAAUUUAUAGGUAAUAUUAUUAAACACGAUCAUUAUGUCGAUGAUUUGGUCACUGGAUCCAACUGUGAGUCCGAGCUGUUAUACAUUCAGCGCAAGGUGUCGGACACUCUAAAAUCUGCAGGGUUUAAACUACGUAAAUUCAGGUCGAAUUUACCAAGUAUUUUGUCAUCAUCGGUCAUUGAUCAAAAUGACAAGGUUAGUUUAAGCGGAUCCACUAAUACUUUAGGAUUAAAUUGGAAUCCUAAAACCGAUACUCUUCAAAUAUCAAUUGUAAUUCCCAACAAAGGUGAUGUAGUUACCAAGCGAUCUAUACUGUCUACAUCAUUCAAGAUUUUUGAUCCUCUCGGUAUUCUCAGUCCAUGCGUGAUUAUACCUAAAAUGUUACUUCAGUCCUUAUGGCUCAAUAAAAAGGGCUGGGAUGAACCGGUUAGCUCUGAUAUUUUGGAAUCCUGGAACAAGUUUAUUAACAAUUUAAGUUUUUUAUCAGAUCUACAGAUCCCGCGAUUAACGCUAUGCGAAGCUCCUAGUUAUAUAGAAAUACAUACCUUUAGUGAUGCUUCCCAAGUCGCUUACGGUGCAUGUGUGUACCUGCGGUCACACAACUUAGCUGGUGAUGUAAAGGUUAACUUACUGUGUGCUAAGUCUAAGGUGGCGCCGUUGAAGCCGACGACAAUACCGCGUCUGGAGCUUUGUGCUGCUCUGUUGGCUGCAAAAUUGUGCAAGACAGUUACCAGUUCUCUACGAUGUGAGGUUGAUCGUAUCAUUUAUUGGUGCGAUUCUAGCGUUGUCCUCAGCUGGUUGAAUGGUAAUUCUGCAAAGCUAAAAACAUUUGUAGCAAAUAGGGUUGCCGAGAUUAAUGAACUUACCGAUAGUUCGUCGUGGCGUUAUGUGCCGACUGAUCAGAAUCCAGCUGACCUGAUCUCAAGAGGCGUAAGUCCAGAUCAAAUUACCAAUCUUAAUUUGUGGUGGUCAGGUCCAAAAUUUCUAAUACAGCCUGAAUCUGAUUGGCCCUAUUUAAAUAAAUUAAUAAAUGAACCAGACUUACCUGAGAUGAAAUCCACUUCCGCUGUUGUCCAGGAACCUGUAACAGAAAUUCUAAAAAUAGAUAAAUUUUCAUCGUUUUUAAAAUUAAGACGCAUAUUUGCGUAUGUAAAUAGAUUUAUACAUAAUAUUAGACAUAAAAAUCCUAAAGAUAAAUUAUUUGGUAAAUUUAGUGUUACUGAAUUAGAAUCAUCCUUUACUAGCCUAUGUAAAAUUGCUCAGCAAACUUCAUUUGCUGUAGAGUACAAUAUUUUGUUAAAAAAUAAAAAUUUAAGUAGCAAAUCAUCUCUCUUGUCACUUUCACCCUUUUUGGAUGAUGACAAGGUGAUGAGAGUCGGUGGUAGAAUAGAAUUAUCAAAUUAUAAUUAUACUAAAAAACAUCCCAUACUUUUACACGCCUCUCAUCCACUCACCAAAUUAUAUUUCAAACAUGAACACUUACGGAACAUGCAUGCCGGGCCUCAACUGUUGCUGGCCUGUGUAAGAGAAACUGUGUGGCCUAUAAACGGUAGGCACUUGGCCCGCCGCACAGUACAUGCCUGUGUCAGAUGUAGACGUAUUCAAGGUAAAACAUUAACUCCCAUGAUGGGAAACUUACCUGCACAGCGCAUCACACCUGAUUUUCCAUUUCGUACUGUUGGCGUUGACUUCGCUGGUCCGUUCCUCACGCUAAAUAGAAAGGGUCGAGGUGCACGAUUAACUAAAACCUAUUUAUGUUUGUUUGUAUGUUUUCGCUAUAAAUGUGUGCACCUGGAAGCCGUCAGUGAUUUGUCCAAAGACGCUUUUAUUAUGACAUUACGCAGAUUUAUAUCGCGACGGGGCAAGCCAGCGGAGAUAUUUUGCGAUAACGGCCGCAACUUUGUUGCAGCUGCUAAGGAAAUAGGCAAUUUUCUUAAAACCAAUCAUGAGCCUGUAGUUGAUUUUGCUACCAAUGAAGGUGUGAAGUUUGUGUUCUCUCCCACGUAUGCUCCACAUUUCGGCGGCAUCUGGGAGGCUGGCGUUAAAUCCGCGAAAUACCACUUAAAACGCGUUAUGGGAAACAAUCAUUUAACAUUUGAGGAGAUAUGUACCCUUUUCACACAAGUGGAAGCUGUACUCAACAGUAGACCUUUAUGCCCACUCUCCCCUUCCCCUAACGAUUACCAUUUCCUAACUCCCGGUCACUUUCUGAUAGGGCGUGCCUUAAAUGCAUUGCCUGGUCCAUCGCUCGAGCACGAGAACCAGAACAACCUUCAACGCUACAUGAAGCUUGAACAAAUACAUCAACAUUUUUGGCAGCGCUGGCAAAGGGAAUAUGUAGCAGAGCUACAGCAGCGCUCAAAAUGGCGUACUAAAUCAGCAUCCCUAAAGGUCGGCGACUUAGUUCUUCUCCAUGAGGAUAAUGUCCCACCACUCAGUUGGCGAAUGGGACGAGUCAGCCGCCUGUUCCCGGGGACCGACGGAGUCACGCGAGUCGCAGAUGUGCAAACUACCAGAGGUUGCUUCAGGAGACCUCUCACUCGGAUCUGUCCCUUGCCUACAUCUUUACCGGAUGAAGACUGAUGUAGUUGAAAGGAGUCUUUCAACGGGGGGGAAGAUGUCUGCGCCAUACCUACGCCUAGUGAUUUUUAAUAGCAACAAGUUACACUUUGAUGUGAUACUAUCAAAUAAUUAUUUUUUUGUUUUACGUUCACCCGCAAACUUUUUAUAUUACUCACUUCUAUAUUGUACACGGUUGCGUCGCCAGAAAAUCUAUAAUUUCAUUUUGUAAAAUAUCAAGAAUUCAGAUUAUUAAACCUGUAUUGCGAAGAAA